AUGAACACAUACACAAUAGGUGGUUUUCUGCUUGCUCUGAUUGCGCGCGCAUUCGGUCUCGAUGCAAGCCAGUCGCCCGAGCCUAUCUCGACCACCGUCCGUACGACGACGCUGACGUCCACGAGAACAGUCACUACCCAUCCAAUCUUGUGGAUAAAUACCUCCGUCGAGGCCCUGCGCGCAGCAGAGACUGCUAUGGCAUCCGUAUUUGAUACUACCGAAGGAGCCGGGGGCGCGGUGAUUGCAACAGCAAACACAACAACCACGAAGGCUUCCAAGAGCCCCAAGAGCAGAACUAAAGGGCGAUGUAUAACGAUUACCCCUAACUUAUCAACUCUGCCUCAUUACAUCCCUUCAACAGGUUCCAUGGCGAGUAACUCUAACUUAUCGACCCUACCUCCCUAUAUCCCCUCAGCAAGUUCCGUAGCGACCUUAGAGACUUCAGCGUCCACAGCGGGGAAUAAAAGCGCGUCUCCCGCAAUUACUCUCUGGCCAAAACCGGGAAUCGCUAACCCCCCAGAGGCGCCAUCAUCGUCCUUCAUCGUACCGCAGAUUACCUCAAGCUCGGUAAAAGCCUCAUCCGCCCCCAAUACUCCGACCAGCAGUACAAUCCUGUCGCCUAGCAUUCCGCCGAAAACAAGCUCGAGCGAACCCUCGAGUUCUACAAGUCAGAGCAGCGCCUUACCAACUCCACCCAGCAGCAGCCAGACGUCUAUUACCACGAGUACCUCGUCGCAGGUAACCAGCACCAGCAGCGUCGGAACAGGCUAUGGUGAGGCUACGACAAUGCAGACCACCACCGUUCCGGGCCACUCCUCCCAAAGCACACCCACCUCGGUCGCGACGGUGUCUCUGUCACCUACCCACACUCCCACUUUGGUCACGACAGUUCCUCUCUCGCCCAUCCAUACUCCGACCACGACCUUAAAAGUGUCUGCUAUCGACAAGAAAUUUCCAGCUUCACAAAGGCCUUAUUUUAUGUAGCUACCUAGGUACGCAGACGAGUAAUAUUGAUUUUUCGAUUUGUGUAAAUUUUUGGGUAUUUGAGGAUGCGUUUCACGGGGGUGUGCUGCAG